AUGCGGGAAACCGCCAAGCAGCAGGGUGUUCAAUUGGUGGGGGAACUGCAGCCAUGCGUCGGCUGCAUCGAGGCGAAGGGCAGGAGAGCCCCGGUGCCGCGGCGUGGAGUCACCCGCGCGGCGGUACCGUUCGGCAAGGUGCACAUCGACAUCACCGGCCCGUACUCUGAGGCGUUCGAUGGUUCCCGCUACCUGAUCAUGUUCGUGGACAGUGCGUUGCGGUGGCAACGGGCGUACGGCAUGCGGGCCAAGAGCGACACCCUGACGUACACGCGGCGUUUCCUCGCCGACCUGAACGGCAACGGCCCUCUGGGGUGUUUCCGCAUGGACAACGCGGGGGAGUUCACGAGUGCUGCCUUCGUCGCGUUCUGCGACGCCGCUGGCAUCCGGCGCGAGUACACCGCGCCCGACACCCCGAAGCAGAAUGCGGUCGUGGAAAGCGCCAUCUGGCGAGCCAUGAAGGGGGGCCACGCCGCCCGCCGCCACGUCCUCUNG